AUGACGUUCAUCGCCAAGACCUUUUACGACCUGAGGGCCACCACGCUGGAGGGAGACUCCGUGGACUUUAACGUGUUCAGGGGCCGGGUCGUCCUGAUAGAGAAUGUGGCCUCGCUCUGAGGCACCACCACCCGGGACUUCAGCGAGCUCAACCUGCUGCAGAGCAAGUACCCUCAUCGGCUGGUGGUCCUGGGUUUCCCCUGUAACCAGUUUGGCUAUCAGGAGAACUGCUCCAAUGGUGAGAUCUUAAACUCCCUGCAGCAUGUGCGACCAGGCAGCGGCUAUCAGCCAAACUUCACCAUCUUUGAGAAGUGCAAUGUCAACGGCACAAACACGCACCCAGUGUUUGCCUAUCUCAAAGACAAGCUCCCCUACCCCGAUGAUGACCCUAACUCUCUCAUGCAGGACCCAAAGUUUCUGGUUUGGAGUCCCAUCUGCCGGACGGACGUCUCUUGGAACUUUGAGAAAUUCCUCAUCGGGCCAGAGGGCGAGCCUUUUAAGAGAUACAGCAAGAAGUUCCCAACCAUUGACAUAGAGCCAGACAUUCAGAGACUGCUGAGAUUAACCAAGACCUAA